UACAAUUACAAAGCAGUCCAGGAUGUGGAACUCUCUUUACAGGUUGGAGAUACAGUUCACAUACUGGAGAUGUAUGAAGACUGGUACAGAGGAUACAGUCUUCGAAAUAAAUCCAAAAAGGGUAUCUUCCCAUCAACCUACAUCCAUCUCAAGGAGGCAACAGUGCAAGAUGGCGGACAACAUGAGACAGUAAUCCCUAGUGAACUUCCCUUGGUCCAGGAACUCACCUCCACUUUGCGGGAAUGGGUGGUGAUCUGGCAUAGGCUGUAUGUGGAGAACAAAAACUCCCUCUUUCGCCAUGUACAGCAGAUGACAUAUAGUCUGAUUGAAUGGCGAUCCCAGAUCCUGUCAGGCACUCUCCCCAAGGAUGAGUUGGCUGAGCUCAAGAAAAAAGUCACAGCCAAAAUCGAUUACGGCAACAGGAUUUUGGGACUGGACCUGGUGGUACGAGAUGAUAAUGGGAACAUACUGGAUCCAGAUGUCACCAGCAUGAUUUCACUCUUUAAAGCCCAUGAGACAGCGUCCAAAAGAAUUGAUGACAGGAUCCAAGAAGAAAAGUCUCGUCAACAGAAUGUAGACCUACGGGGACAGUCUAUCUUUAAUACCACCCACACUUAUAGCCUGUACAUCAAUUUCAAGAAUUUUGUCUGCAAUAUUGGUGAGGAUGCAGAGCUGCUUAUGAGCCUUUAUGAUCCCGACCAAUCCAAGUUUAUUAGUGAAAACUACCUGGUUCGUUGGGGAAGUAAUGGAAUGCCAAAGGAAAUUGAAAAGCUUAACAACCUUCAAGCUGUCUUUACAGAUCUCAGCAGUUCUGACCUGAUCCGGCCUCGUGUCAGCCUAGUGUGUCAAAUUGUGCGAGUUGGCCACAUGGAGCUGAAAGAGGGCAAGAAGCAUACUUGUGGCCUCAGGAGACCCUUUGGAGUAGCAGUGAUGGACAUUACAGAUAUCAUUCAUGGGAAGGUGGAUGAUGAAGAGAAGCAGCAUUUUGUUCCCUUUCAGCAGAUUGCCAUGGAAACAUAUAUCAGGCAACGGCAGUUAAUCAUGGCACCUUUAAUAACUUCUCACGUGAUUGGAGAGAAUGAGCCCCUCACGUCUGUCUUCAACAAAGUCAUUGCGGCCAAGGAAGUAAAUCAUAAAGGGCAAGGCCUCUGGAUUUCUCUGAAACUGCUGCCUGGUGAUUUAGCGCAGGUUCAGAAGGAUUUUUCUCAUCUCAUUGACAGAUCGACAGCUGUGGCCCGCAAAAUGGGAUUCCCAGAGAUUAUAUUGCCUGGUGAAGUUCGGAAUGAUAUCUACGUCACUCUGAUGCAUGGGGAGUUUGACAAAGGGAAAAAGAAGACACCUAAGAAUGUGGAGGUUACCAUGUCUGUUCAUGAUGAAGAUGGAAACAUUUUAGAGAAAGCUAUCCAUCCAGGUGCUGGUUAUGAAGGUAUUUCAGAAUACAAAUCAGUUGUCUACUAUCAAGUCAAGCAGCCUUGCUGGUAUGAAACUGUAAAGGUCUCCAUAGAAAUAAAAGAGGUUGGCCGCUACCAUUUAAGAUUUACUUUCCGUCACCGCUCAUCACAGGAAUCAAGAGAUAAAUCGGAACGGGCUUUUGGGGUGGCCUUUCUGAAGCUGAUGAAUGUAGAUGGUACCACGCUGCAAGAUGGGAGGCAUAAUUUAAUAGUCUACAAGGGUGAGAACAAAAAAAUGGAAGAUGCUAAGUUUUAUUUGACGCUUCCCAGCACCAAGAUGGAGGUGGACGACAGAGAUGGAGUUGCAUUGAAGCAACACAUGGCCAAUUUUACUUUGAAUAAGGAUAGCACCAAGGACAGCUUUCAGAUUGCAACACUCAUCUGCUCAACAAAACUGACCCAGAAUGUUGACCUGCUAGGGUUGUUGAAUUGGCGUUCAAACUCUCAGAACAUAGGACACAACCUGAAGAAGCUGAUGGAUGUGGAAGGAGGAGAAAUUGUUAAGUUUCUACAAGAUACACUUGAUGCACUUUUCAGUAUAAUGAUGGAGAUGUCCGACAACGAAUCCUACGAUUUUCUUGUGUUUGAUGCAUUGGUAUUUAUUAUUUCCCUGAUUGGAGAUAUCAAGUUUCAGCAUUUUAAUCCCGUACUGGAAACCUACAUUUAUAAACACUUCAGCGCCACCUUGGCCUAUAUAAAACUCACCAAGGUUCUGAAUUUCUAUGUUGGAAACGCAGAUGAUUCCAGUAAGACAGAAUUGCUUUUUGCUGCUCUGAAAGCUUUGAAGUACCUCUUCAGGUUCAUAGUACAAUCGAGAGUUCUUUACCUAGGAUUUUAUGGCAAAAGUGAAGAUGGAGAUGAGUUUAACAAUGCCAUUCGCAAGCUGUUCCUCUCCUUUAAUGUCCUCAUGGAUAGGCCUCUUGAAGAGGCUGUCAAAAUCAAGGGUGCUGCCUUGAAGUAUUUGCCAAACAUUAUUAACGACGUCAAACUAGUCUUUGAUCCAGUGGAACUCAGUGUCCUCUUUAGCAAAUUUAUUCAAAGCAUCCCUGAUAAUCAGCUUGUCCGUCAGAAGCUCAAUUGCAUGACCAAGAUUGUGGACAGUGACCUGUUCCGUCAGUCCGAAUGCCGCGACAUUCUUCUCCCCCUGCUGGUAGACCAGCUAAGUGGACAACUGGACGAUAAUUCCCACAAACCUGACCAUGAAGCCUGUUCACAGCUGCUUAGUAAUAUUCUUGAGGUACUCGAUCGGAAGGAGGUGGGCCCAACUGCAGAUCACAUCCAGUUGAUAAUGGAGCGGCUGCUGAGGAGGAUAAACCGAACUGUGAUUGGGAUGGGGAGACAGUCUCCUCACAUUGGUAGCUUUGUAUCUUGCAUGACAGCCAUCUUAAGGCAGAUGGAUGACUCCCAUUAUAGCUACUACAUCAGCACUUUCAAAACCAGGCAAGAUCUUAUUGAUUUUCUGAUGGAAACUUUCAUCAUGUUUAAAGACCUGAUUGGAAAAAAUGUCUAUGCAAGUGACUGGAUGGUUAUGAAUAUGAUGCAGAGCAGGAUUUUCCUUCGAGCCAUAAAUCAGUAUGCCUCUGUGCUCAACCGCUUCUUCUUGGAUCAAGCAAGCUUUGAGCUCCAGCUAUGGAAUAAUUACUUCCACUUGGCAGUAGCCUUUCUUACCCAUGAUUCCCUUCAACUGGAGACUUUCUCUCAGGCUAAACGGAACAAGAUAAUGAAAAAAUAUGGGGAUAUGAGGAAGGAAAUUGGCUUCAAGAUAAGGGACAUGUGGUACAACCUUGGGCCUCAUAAGAUCAAGUUCAUCCCUUCUAUGGUGGGCCCAAUUCUGGAAGUGACUUUGACGCCAGAGCCUGAGUUGCGAAAAGCCACCAUCCCUAUCUUUUUUGACAUGAUGCAAUGUGAAUUCAACUUCAGCGGGGGCAGAAAUUUCCGUAUGUUUGAAAAUGAGCUGAUCACUAAAUUAGAUCAAGAAGUGGAAGGUGGUCGAGGAGAUGAACAGUACAAGAUCUUGUUGGAGAAACUCCUCCUGGAGCAUUGCCGGAAGCAUAAAUACCUGUCAAGUUCAGGCGAAGUGUUUGCCCUGUUGGUUAGCAGUCUGCUUGAGAACCUUUUGGAUUACCGAGCGAUUAUGCAUGAUGGGAGCAAAGAGAACCGGAUGAGUUGUACUGUCAACGUACUGAAUUUUUAUAAAGAAAAGAAAAGAGAGGAUAUCUACAUCAGGUACUUGUAUAAGCUCCGAGAUUUGCAUACUGAUUCCGAAAGCUACACUGAGGCAGCGUACACACUCCUGCUUCAUGCAGAGUUACUCCAGUGGUCUGAUCAGCCAUGUGCUCAGCAUCUGCUUCAGAGAGACAGCUACUAUGUCUAUUCACAACAGGAGCUCAAGGAGAAGCUUUACCAAGAAAUAAUUGUCUUCUUCGACAAAGGCAAAAUGUGGGAGAAGGCGAUCCAGCUAAGCAAAGAAUUGGCUGACAUGUACGAGAACAAAGUGUUUGAUUACGAGAGCCUUGGCAAUCUCUUGAAAAAACGGGCCACGUUCUAUGAGAACAUCAUGAAAGCAAUGAGACCUCAACCAGAAUAUUUUGCUGUUGGGUAUUUUGGCCAUGGAUUUCCCUCCUUUCUUCGGAACAAGAUGUUCAUCUACCGUGGAAAGGAAUAUGAAAGGAGGGAAGACUUCAUUGUGAAACUGUUGACCCAGUUUCCAAAUGCUGAGAAAAUGAGCAGCACUGCCCCACCAACAGAAGACAUCAAAGCUUCUCUUAAGCAGUACAUACAGUGUUUCAUAGUUAAGCCUGUCAUGAACCUUCCUCCAAGCUACAAAGACAAGCCUGUUCCAGAGCAGAUUCUAAACUUUUAUAGAUCCAAUGAAGUACAACAGUUCCAGCACUCCCGACCUUUCAGGAAAGGAGAAAAGGAUCCUGAGAAUGAAUUUGCUACAAUGUGGAUAGAACGUACCACCUACACCACAGCCUAUUCCUUCCCUGGAAUCCUCAAAUGGUUUGAAGUCAAGCAAGUCACCAUGGAGGAAAUCAGCCCCUUGGAGAACGCCAUUGAAACCAUGGAGCGGACAAAUGAGAAGAUCAGUAACUGCGUCCAACAACACGCUUGGGACCGCACCCUUCCUGUCCAUCCUCUCUCCAUGCUACUGAACGGCAUUGUGGAUCCAGCAGUAAUGGGUGGUUACACCAACUAUGAGAAGGCCUUUUUCACUGAGAAAUAUAUUCAGGAACACCCUGAAGAUCAAGAAAAGAUUGAAUUGCUCAAGCAACUAAUUGCUCUACAGAUGCCUUUGCUGGCUGAAGGGGUGAGGAUCCAUGGGAAGAAACUGACCGAGCAACUGAAACCUCUUCAUGACAGGCUGACCUCUUGCUUCAAGGAGCUGAGAGAGAAAGUGGAGAAGCUCUACGGUGUGAUCACCCUGCCUUCCUCACUGACGGAGAGAAAGCAGAGCAGGUCUGGUUCAGUGGUUUUGCCGUACAUUAUGUCCUCCACGUUGAGAAGGUUGUCAGUUACCUCUGUCACUUCCUCAGUGGGAUCAACAUCCUCUACGUCAUCUGACAGUGCUACGUCCAGACCAGGAUCAGAUGGAUCUAUUCUUGAGCCGCUGGUGGAGAGGAGGAGUUCAGCAUCCUCCAGGAUGGAAGAACAGCCUGCCAAAGAUGAUGCAGAGAACUGGGCUAAUAAAUUCCGUCGGAAAGACUGGAGUCUCAGUAAAUCUCAGGUUAUCGCAGAGAAGGAGCCAGAGGCUGAGUUGGCUUCCAAAACGAAUGCAUCAGGAAAAGCACCAAGGCCAAAGAGCCUGCAACUGGGGGAAAGCAAGCUAACUCUGCUUCAGAACUCGUCACUUCAACAAGCCACAGCACUCAGCCCACCACCAAUCACUCCCAAAACGCCGAGAACUCAAAGUUUCCCUUCUUUGCAAGCAGAUGGAUUAACAACCGUUAAUUUGCAAAACUCUCCUCCCCCACCGCCGCCCAAAUGCAAGCCCUAUGAGAAUAGCAGCUCAAGAAACUCCACAGAGGUGGCUCCACCUUUACCCACCAGACGAGAAAUCAAGCCUCCUCCUCCUCCUCCUAAAACUAGGAAAUCCAGCGUCCUUUCUUUAGAUCCAGAACUACAAUGAGGACUCUCUACCAUGUUGUCUCCUUGCCUCUUGGACUGAACGUCUGAUGCUCUGUGUGCAUCGCUGGUUCUCCAGAGCUUCUCAGGAUUGGCUUCUUCCUGCCAGACAGCUUUGCCUUCCAUUCCUGCUCCUUGGGAUGUGCACAAAAUCAGCUGUUAAAACUGUGGCAAAGCUGCUGUUUUGGCUUUGCAGGUUUCUGAUUCCCCAAUUGGCACCCCAAGACACACCUUCUGAUCAUCUAUGGCAUAUUAGGGCUUCUGCAAGGCUAAGAACCAAAUUCUUUUGUCCAUUAGUGCGUGUUCCACCGUUGAUAAGACACCACCAGGGCGAAAGUUCUCUCAGUGGAAUUGUUCUCCUAACAACAAAGAUUUUCCUUGGUCUAGAAACAACUAAGCACCACACUGUGAAAACACACACUUGCCACUACAGUGGAUUUGCAUGACAAAUUCAAACCCACUUUGCUACACCUGGACAGUGAAAACUGUGGAGAAGCAAAUAGAGGUCUUCUAAAAACAGACACUGAAGACUUCAGAAGAUCUCUCCAUAUGUGCCAGGUAGGAGCCUUGUUUAGUGGCUACAUCUGUUCCAGAUCCUCUUCAGGCAUGAAAAGGGAUAUGGUUUCCAUCAGUCACCGCUGGCCAGCAGCUACAGAUCUUGGAACAGGAUAGGACUGGUAUAAGAGGAAGGAUUCUUUGGCCUGCUCAGCAUAGCCACUCUUUGCCUAUUCAUUCCAAACUUGUAGCAAAAGCCACCAACUUCCCAGGGCUUCUGUUGGAAUAUAUGGAUUUAUAAAUGACAACCCAGAGCACUGGACAGCCCUACAGAUUCAAUCAUGUUGAGAGAUUACUUUAUAUCUACACUUUGCUUUUCCAGGAACAUGAAUAUGGAUCAAAAAAAUAUUGGCGUCUGCCUAUUCCCAUAGUUGACCAACUGUGCCCUUGAAAAUCUCGUGGUCUCUUUUUCUCUCAAGUGUUUGCAAGCUCUGUCACACCCACCACUCAUUCCUUCUUUUGUUGCACACUUUUCCAAAGUUUUGCAUACCAAUGGAGUGGCCCACACUACUGUAACUUUGGAGACUUGAUUAACUGAAUUCUGGAUGUAUUUUUUUUUCUUUAUGUAUUAGUGUGUUGCUUUAAGACUAACCUAAAGUGUAAUUAUACUUGGACAUUUGGAGGAUGGACUGUGUAUGAAAGUGCUUCAUGGUUUUCCAAACUGUGACUGAUGAACCAGGACUGAACAGCAACUUAAAUGUCUUAUUGAACUCUUCACUAAAAUGCAAGGGGGUGUAUAGCCAGGGGUUGACUUCUAGGUUCUUCCUAUAUCUAACCUUUGUAUGUCUUAUUGUUAAAUGAUGCCUCUGUGUUUACUUAUUUAUAGCAGAAGCUCAGGGCUCAGCCCUCAUGGGACUCAAAAUUAUCUCAGAGAUAAUUCAGAUAAUUGGAUUGUGCUAUCUCUGUCCAUCUUCACUUUUGAGCUAUGGGCUAGGUUCACAUAUUACACGAUGCCAUGCUUCGCUUUAACAGUUAUUUCCAAACCAUUCUGUUUGAGUCACACAAGAGGUUAAACCAAACACCGACUCACUGUAUUAUGGCUUAGCAUGGUGCAUGAACCCAGCCACUGUGUAGCAUGAAUGCAUUGCACAAUGCCAUUUUCUAAUGGUGGGUAUUUGGGCAUCCUUGCCCACAGAUUACGCUUUGAUUGUAAUGAUCAUUCCUGAAUUGCCCCUUGUACAGGGGCUUCAGAAGAUGUUGAUCAACAUUCAUUCUUAAGGUUGCAUAAUGCUUUCAAAGCAGAAAGUUCAUCGUUUAAAAAAUAAUAAUUUAGAAUGUCUGUGAUUGGAAAAAACUGAGAGGCAUGCCCCUGAUUAAGCAGUCAUUGAAUUACCAGACUAAGCUGUUGAGAUUAGCGUGCAAGUUUGAUUCUGAAUGCCAAAAGGUGAACAUUAUCGUGUGGAUCCAAACUGUUUAAUUAGCAUAUGCAAGGAAAGGAUGUGUUUGGAGGGAUAUGCGUGGCUCUGUUUAUGGCUCUGUUUGUCAUUCCUCAACUUAUGCACUGUGUGUUCAAAGAAACCACCAGCAGCAAUUUAAUGCACUCAGCUGGUAAAGCUAACUUUGUUUACUGAACCCAGCAUUUUGUAUAUAUCCUAAUGGUCUCUCAGUAAUUCAGAUGUAUUUGCCUUAGGCAAAAGGUCUGGCUAUAAGGCUGAGGUUCACAUUUUAAUAUUGUACAUAGCUCCUUUUCUUCUUCAAAAAAAGCCCCAUAUUCUUAGCUCUGCUUUUAUUUUGACCAUCGCUGCUCUCUGAUCAUUUUUGACUAUAUCUUGUCAUCCCAGGUUGACAAAGAUUCCAGGCUAGUGCAUGUAGGUAAAGUUUUUCUCAUUGUUAUGACUCCAGCAAUGGUGAAAGCUAUUAUACCUCUCUUGGCCAAUGCUAGAACUAGAAGCCUCACAUCACUGAUUCAAGAACACAGCUCUCAGUUAGUAUCUUUAUUGCAAGAACUAAGAAAUCUCUUACUCCAGCAACUGUUAGGAGUAAGAUACAAGCCCUAUUUAUAGUACAAGCAAGGUUCAGUCAUGCCUCUCCCCACCCUAGGGCAGCUGAUGGCAGCGGGGGCACAGUCAUUGAAUUAGCAGACUAGAGCUGUUGAGAUUAGUUUGCGUGUUUAAUUCUGAAUGCUGAAAAUUAACAUUAUUGUGUGGAUCCAAACUGUUUAAUUGGCCUAUACAGAGAAAAGAUGCAUUGGGAAGGAAACAAGAAGCUUCUUUAUGGUUUCACAAAGCAACUGUCUCUCAGAGAUAAAGCACACACUUUGCAUGUAGAAGAGCAGAGAUUCUGUCCUUGGCAUUUUCUGUUCUUAAAAAAGGACAGGAUGUAUGGGAAGGGAAAAUAUUGAUCUGAGAUUUAGAACUGCAGAAUAGAUCAUUUGGAGCUGGGCCAGGAGUGCAUACAGCUCCAAAGUCCCCUUUUUGUGGCCCAUAGAGCCCCACUUAAUCAUAAUUGCUAGAAACAUAGAGCAUAAAUGAUUGCCACCUUAAUUUAGGAGACCCACCAUAAUUAUAUUGUAGUCCCUAAAAUAGGUGUGCCAUUUAAAAAAAAAAAGUAAAGAAAACCUCCAAAUGUUCUCCCCAAAGUCAUACCCACAUAUGUGAUAUGACUCUAUCUACUUAUUGAGUAAGGAGACCAGGGAGCAAAAUAUGUUCAGAUCCAGCAAGCAUCAGUUUCAUAGGUUCCUGUGAGUCGCGGAAUGGUAAUUAAUUGUAGAGGGUAUAGGGAAUGGCCUUGAAGGUCAGGAGGAAGAGCCGUUACCAAGGCAAUGGUCAGAUAAGAGGGGCUUCACCCUAGGCCAAGAAAAUAACUUGAGAAAAUGUCUCAGACAAGCCCCUCCCUAGUUCAGACAAAGAUAAAGUGAGGAAGGGGGAAGUACAUUAAGACUUGAAGAUUCUGUUACUAUAACCAUGACAAUAAAAGUCCUCCUGACCUAUAUGGCAUUGGUUUCUUAGUCUGGUCUACCAAUGGCCUGACAUUAAUUUUGAAUGAAUUGUGGACCUUCAUGACAAAGUGGUGGAGUAAAGAGUUAAACACAAGCGCUAUGGUCCUAGCCACAGACUCAGUGGCAAAUUUGCAGGCCAAAGGUCCCAAGUUCAUCCUUGAAGAACCAAGUUCAUCCUUGAAGAACCAAGUAACAGGCGAGUUAGCUUGAGAUCAAGAAUUGAAGCCGUGUGGAGUGUAGACCAUAGUAGGUUAGAAGGGGAAAUAAUGUGAUGGUAGAUUUCUGUGUCCUUAUACAACUCCCAUUUCUAAAUGGGAAAUAGCUGAGGUGCUGAAAUUAGUGUCAGGCUCUUGGGAUGUUGCUGGGUCCUAAGUAAUCCUCUUCCUAGACACGAAUCACACAGAGUCAUCUUAGGAAGAUCUACUGAAGGGAAAGGGAUGAGGGUAAAGGAAUUUCAGCAACUCAGCUAUUUUCCAUUUAGAACUGAUUUAUCUCCUAAGACAUUACAAUGGAGUGUUUUGUCAUUUCUUUCGGAUGACCUAUCUUUGAAGUCUUUUCACUGAUAAUGCGUAUUAUGUAACUGCAAUUUACACAGGGAACCUGUGGCCAUCCAGAUAUUGCUGAACCACCAUUCCAAGUUGCCCAAGUAUCAUGGCCAAUGAUGUGGGAAGCUAGUAGCUAUACUGAAGUUGGCAACUUGUGGAGGCCCCUACUAUUCCUAUUACACUGUUGUAUGUUAAUCAGCAGUGCAUUCUCAUAUUCAGAGUAAAUUAUUUUUUUUGUCCUUUUUUUGUUGUGCAUAAAAUACGCCCAGAUUAUUUUUCACAUUGGCUAUAAAAUGUAGUGUUCAUCUCCUUAUCCUGUAAAAUAUUUAUAUUUCCAAAGCCAUAAGAUGGCAGUAUUUUUGCAGAUUCAUCUUCUUCCUGAUUGAGCUUGGCACAUCUUCUCUUUGCCAGUACAUUUCUCCAGUUUCUCUCUGAAUUUGGAAUAAAUUCUGCCUGCCUUUUGUUGCCAGUUGGCUUCAGAAAACAGAUUGUAUAUGCACUGGGAAAGCCGGGUGGGAUAGUGGGAAAAAAUAGUAGAUGUUCUCAGCAUUACAUAGACUUCCACUUCCAGCUGUGCUAGUUACCAGUGAAGAUACAAAUGUCUUAAGAGCUGUGGUUUUCCUCUCUGCUCAUCCCAGGAAAACAUGGUGAAUUCUUCUUUGAACAUCUUUCACUCUCCUCCCUUUUAAGGCUCCUGGAAGAUGAUACCAGCUCCAGAUUACUUUUGCCUGGAGUUGAAUGCUUCUUGACUUAAAAACAUCUGCUUUUGGAUGGUUGUCUUCUGGAGUUUCUAUGGAUGACUUCAAGUCAGUUGCAUACUCCCAUGAGGAUAAAAUGCGCAGGAGGGAAUGGCUACUCCUGGGUAGAACUGCCACCUCCAAUUCUUUUAUCCAUGUCUCCUCUGUAUGAUCAGACACCAGACUAGCAGGAUGAGUAAAAUCUGGAAGGACAUGGUCUGAAGCAAAUGAUGAGGCAGACUUUCUGAAGUUUUAAGCAGGUUUUGAUCUAGAUAGAUAACCAGCUAGAAUCUCAUGCUUGAGCUUUCUAGAGGUCUAAAAUUACACAAAUGAAGUUUUAAAAAAUAGUUCUCCAAGGAAUGUCUGAAAUUUAUACAUGCCAACUGUGCUCCGUUUUAUUCUGUUCUUAUUCUGUGCUCAGUUUUACUCUGUUAAUAGUUUAACAACUGUGUAGGAAAAGAAUCUCUGUGCAAAAAGGUGAUCUGUACAACUAGAGUCCCUAGCAUCGCACACAAGUAUGACUUAGAAGCUGACACUCCUUGUGUAUCCGAAGUCCCAGAACAGUUAUUGAAGCCUUUCUCCAACCUUGCACCCUGUAGAUGCAAAUUACCUCCUUAACUGCUGUAUUUGUAGUCUACGUUUGGUGACAUAGACAAUAAUUCCACACACAAGAGUUGGUGUGGAUGAUUAAACGUUGUUCGGUAAGAGCUUCAUUAGGGAAAAAAAUGUUCUGUGGUCCAAAGGGCACACCCAAAGAUUUGUUAAUGAUUUGAAGCAUGGGGUCCUAUAUCUGGCUGGUUUUAUAUCACCAUCACAUUGUUGUGCCUAUUGAUUGACCAUUAAAUUAAAAUGUUAUUUUCAGUACAGGAUUUAUUGCAGCAGACUUGCCUUAUUUAUUUUUAUAAUUGUA